GUCUGCAGGAAAAGGCUGUCUGCGAGGCGUAAGCACACCCUGAAGAGCUGCAUGCUCGUGGUGGCAGGUAAUUUGUUGGACGCUGAAGCGAAUGUGAAGGCCAAAGAGAGAGAGACGUUUUUGGCAGAUAAAUGUCCUCCUGUCGAGCUGCCGUACUCCAGGGACGAGCUGUUGGAACUGUGCCAGAAGCUUCAUGAGCAGAUCACCAUCAGUGAAGAUGAGAGAUACUGCACAGAGUUCAAACUGGACAUGGUGCUGAAUGAGGUCAGGGACCUCAAUAUCAAGAUUGUGGAUUUGAGAGGAAAGUUCAAGAGACCCCGGCUGAAGAAAGUGCGCAUGUCUGCUGACGCCAUGCUCAAAGCUCUGUUGGGCUCCAAACACACUGUCAACAUGGACCUGAGGGCCAAUCUGAAGCAGGUCAAGAAGGAGGUGAAAGAGGAGGACAAGCAGCUGCGUGAUGUGGGAGACUGGCGUAAGAACAUUGAAGACAAGUCUGAUAGGAAGAAGAUGUUUGAUAGCUAA